GUACAAAGAAGGAACUUCUCCAUGCUUCUAGUUUUUACUGUUACAAGAAUCUCCAUGCUUCUGGAUGCCUCUUCCCCAUGAAGCAGAAGCACAAGGUGACACAUACGCAAAGCACACCACACCAAUGCACUAUAAAGUGCUCACACGUGAACACAGCUAGCUACACACGUGUCUUCUCCUUCCCCCACAAAGUCUUGUUGUUUCUUUUCUGUCUCUGUUCCAAGUAGACGACGAUCAAAGACACCCACGAGUUGGUUGAGCAAAUAUUAGAAUAGAAAAGCCAAAAUGCAAUCGAGGGUAGCAGCCACCGCAAGAAGGUCGCCUUUGGUUCUCUCUCUUGCCCACAACCAAGCUCUCCGCCGAGGACUUGCCUCCUCCUCCGCCGGUCGCACCGCUGACCCUGACAUUCAUUCGGGAGAGGUCGAAGCUAGCCCUGAUGUGUAUAACAGGAAAAACGAUGGUCAAGGAACCGCGGUGGGUGCUGAUGACACUGUAAAGCAAGAAACAGAACACAAACCAAGUACAGAAACCGGACCGUUGAAGCCUCCAAGAACACCUUAUGCUUCCUCUCCGAGGCUGGAGAGCACCGGCGGCCUGAACCCACCACCGGACCCCAUCAUGCAGCAAAAGCGUAGCCACGGAACAACAACAAUUAGCCUGGAAGAAGUCAGUUGUGCAGGGCUUGACGGCAGGCCAUGGCCAAAGGACAAGGAGGAAGAGCAGAGAGACGAAAGAGAGGGACAAGUUGAGGAUUACAGAGAUUACUACAAGCAUCACAAGGCCUCGCCAUUGUCGGAGAUGAAGAUGGUCGAUACGAGGAAGCCCAUUACUAGGGCCACUGAUGGGACGGCAGACGCCGACGAGGAUUACGGUCAUGGUAGCGAUGUGAUUGUGUGGAGACCGGAGCAACUUGACACGGCGGAGGAGGCGCUUAUGAGGGCCGUUGAGAUAUUCAGGCAGAAUGCUAUGCGUGGUGACCCUGAUCUUCCGCACUCGAGGGUUCUUAGAGAGCUUCGAGGUGAAUGGUUUUGAGGAGGAGAUUUUUUUUUUUAAAAAAAAAAUUAUUUUCUUUUUACUUGUAUGAGUAAUGAGUGCGUUAGUGUGCUUUCUUUGUUUCCUUUCCCUUUCCCCCUUUGAUUAAAAAAAAAAAAAAGAGCCACUAAUCAGAAACCAGUUAAUCU